AUGCCGCCCCAGAAGAUGGAGAUAUUCAGAUCGUUGGAGGGCUGGGCGGAGGACAACAUCCUUCCGUACCUCAAGUCCGUAGAGAAGAACUGGCAGCCCCAGGAUUUUCUGCCGGAAUCCUCCUCCGACGGCUUCCACGAACAGGUGGCGGAGCUGAGGGAGCGGGCCAAGGAGCUCCCGGACGACUAUUUCGUCUGCCUGGUGGGGGACAUGAUAACCGAGGAAGCUCUUCCGACGUAUCAGACGAUGCUCAACACCCUCGACGGCGUUCGGGAUGAGACCGGUGCGAGCCUCACUUCGUGGGCCGUCUGGACGAGGGCGUGGACGGCCGAAGAGAACAGGCACGGCGACCUUCUGAACAAAUACCUGUACCUUUCUGGGAGGGUGGACAUGCGGCAGGUCGAGAAGACAAUUCAAUACCUUAUUGGCUCUGGAAUGGUACGCCUCUCUCUCUCUCUCUCUCUCGCUCACACACAGACACACACCGCGCUUAAAUAGGUUCUCAAUCAAAAUUAUCAGCCACUUUCUCCCUAGAUAUUGAAAUGAGAUGAUGAGGCUGGGAAAGAGCAUGGAGGUAAUGUCGGCCAGCAGAAGCUAUACUCUGUUCUCGACUAACGGGAUUCUGAGGGCACAUGCAUAUUGAGGCCCAUGCAGUGAACUAGACCGGGGCGGCGGGAGAGAGAGAGAGAGAGACAGAGAGAGAGGGAGAGACAGAGAGAGCUAUAUCAGGCGUAAUAAGAUGGUAGAAGUCUAGCUGAAGUGCCCACCUCAAGUGGAGGUUGGGUGGAAUUACUUUUACUUUGUCGUAACCAAGAUGGAAAAUUAUAUGGUCCCCUCUCACUGCUCUCUUGAAAUUGACAGGAUGAUCCGACCUGUUCAUACCCUCAUCGUUGUCUCCUUGCCUGCCCUUUCUUGCUUUCUCCUGUCAAUUUUAUGGCUGAUAUCCUGCUGCUGCCGCCGUAUGUGCGUGCGUGUCUCCUCCCUCCAUCAUAUGCUCUCCAGGAUCCUCGCACGGAGAAUAGCCCCUACCUGGGGUUCAUCUACACCUCUUUCCAGGAGCGAGCGACCUUCAUUUCCCACGGUAACACCGCGAGGCUGGCCAAGGAGCGCGGAGACCUGAAGCUGGCGCAGAUAUGCGGCACCAUCGCGGCGGACGAGAAACGCCAUGAGACCGCGUACGCGAAGAUAGUGGAGAAGCUAUUCGAGGUGGACCCCGACGGCACGGUGCUCGCAUUUGCGGACAUGAUGAAGAAGAAGGUCGCCAUGCCCGCGCAUCUGAUGUACGAUGGGCGCGACGACGACCUGUUUGAGCACUUCUCGGCGGUCGCCCAGCGGCUGGGGGUCUACACGGCCAAGGAGUAUGCGGACAUCCUCGAGUUCCUGGUGGGGAGGUGGAAAGUGGAGAACCUGACGUCCAUCCUCUCCGGGGAGGGGAGGAAGGCUCGCGACUUCGUCUGCAGCCUCGCUCCGAGGAUAAGGAGGCUCGAGGAGAGGUCCCAGACCAGGAUCAAGCAGGGACCGGCCGUACCCUUCAGUUGGAUCUACGACCGUAAGGUUCAGCUCUGA